CAAUGCGUGUUCGCAGUGCGUGCGAGUCGCUCAGCGCGCAUCAAGCUUUACCUUCAUUGCGCUCCCGCAAAAUACAUAUCAUUUAAAUAAACGUACAUAGUGCGUUGAACUCAAAUGUUCUUUAUGUUUGUGCGCCAGUGCUGUGAAUUGUUUUUAUAAACACAUCAAAAUGUGUGCGGUAGAGGAUGCUUGGCUUUUCUCAAAUAUAGCCACCACUUUGGAUAUGAUCGAAUCUUCUCACAAUGUGCAACUGAUGUCAGCAGUCAGCGGGGAGCCGAUGCUCCGCCGCGUGAAGCAGGAGACUGAGCCGCCGCCACAGUACUCGCCGCCGGAGCCGCAGCCGCCGCACGCACAGCCACUGCACCCGCGCACCAUGCCUAUGAUGCAGCCAGAGUUGGAACUCGAAAGCAAAGAGGACGUGAAAUUCUGCGUCUCUCCCGGAGAUGGAGCGAUCGUUGGCAACACAAGCCCAGACCAGCAACACUGUUCGUCAACCACGGCCGCCGCGGCCAGUUGCGCGAGAGACGACGAGGCGCCUCGGCGAGUCUGCCUCGUUUGCGGAGACACUGCCUCGGGGUUCCAUUAUGGCGUAGCUAGCUGUGAGGCGUGCAAGGCGUUUUUCAAGAGGACUAUACAGGGCAACAUAGAAUACACAUGUCCCGCGUCAAAUGAGUGCGAGAUAAACAAGCGGCGUCGCAAGGCGUGCCAAGCGUGCCGGUUCCGCAAGUGCCUGCGCACGGGCAUGUUGCGCGAGGGGGUGCGGCUCGACCGCGUGAGGGGGGGCCGGCAGAAGUAUAGGCGGGCCCCCGACGCCCCGGCUGCUCAGUUGCCGAGGCCGCAGCUUGAUGAAAUUAAGGUGUUAGAAGCCCUGAUCUCCUACGAACCAGAACUGCUCACAUGCUCAGCGCCACCUGCCGGGGUGACCGAGCCCGCAGCCAAGACUUUAGCGAUGCUAGCCGAUCUAUAUGACAGAGAGCUCGUCGGCGUCAUCGGAUGGGCUAAACAGAUUCCUGGGUUCACUGAGCUACAGUUAAAUGAUCAGAUGCGUCUACUCCAAAGCACAUGGGCCGAGAUGCUCUCCCUCAUGUUGGCAUACCGGUCGAUGUCUGGCGGCAACCCUCUGCGGCUCCGGUUCGCCAACGAUCUGGCGCUCGAUGAGCAGCAGGCCAGGGAUAUUGGUGCACAUGAUUUGUUUACACAGAUUGCCGGCGUAGCCAAGCGGCUAGAGCGCGCUGCAGCGUUACGCGAAGAGUGCUAUUUGCUGAAAGCGCUGGCGCUCGCUAACUCAGAAGCACGUAUAGACGAGCACGCAGCUCUGCGUCGCUUCAGGGAUUGUAUACUCGCCGCGCUUAAUGACGCUGUGUCCGCUUUAAGGCCAUACAACGGCAACGCAGCACUGCAGCAACUCCUGCUAGUGCUGCCGGCGCUGCGGCACGCGGACGUGGCGGUGCGGCGCUUCUGGGCGGGCGUGCACCGCGACCGCCGCGCGCCCAUGAACAAGCUCUUCGUCGAGAUGCUCGAAGCCUGCCUGCGGUAGACACGGAACGCAGCCCGAGUGCUUCCAGGUGACACAUACCCCAGUAUUGCCAUAACACAUGGUAGUUUCUCAGGACAGUAUUGCCAACCGAAAAUUUUGGUAGUUUUGGACAGUAUUGCCACGUGAAAAUAUGAUUUUCGUUUCGGUGUUGCCUAAGACAGUUUUAUUUGAAGCUACUGUAGGUAUAUACUGUGUUUGAAAUUACAGUUAUGAAACUGUAAUUUUUAUAAGGUCUGGAAGCACUGCUACCUUACAGCGGGAAAUGUAACGUCCCGCGCCAAAUGUACAAAACGAUGGACGGAUCUAGUACAAAACUUGUUACUAUUUUUGUAUAAUAUUAAAAUAAAAAAUAUUAUAUCUAGUUUUACUGUGAGUUUCGAGAUUAUUGUAUGGUCGAGGAAAUUAUCCAAGGUGAAUUGCGAGCUACUUAGUAUUUUAGUGACCUGAAACGUCAUUAGUUCUGUUGUAAACAGAUUUUUAGUACUGUUAGCUUUAAAAAGCGAUUUGUUUUUGUCUGUGACUUUCUGGGAAACCUUCUUGUAGAUUGUCUAUGGUAUUCUUUCCCCGACCGUACGAGUAACUUGCCUGUCUCGGUGAAUGCGGGGGCCGUUUUCGGCGCAUUUACCAUUAAAAUAUAUAUAACAUUGUUUUUAUUCUGUUUGUUUUAAACGCUAAGACGUGGGACGCUGUUUGCACUGUGUCGAAUAAAAAAAUAAAUUUAGAUUGUUCUUAGUGAUGCAUCAUUAUGAUAUCAAAUAGAUUUCUGGUGAUUUCCGACCAGUUUCUAAAGUACAAAUAUAUACUUAGAUAAGUUUUACACAUGUUUCUUGAAUCAAUUUUCCAUUAAAAGGAAAGGUAGAUUGUUGCUAAAUAUUAUUUAUAAAAAAAUAUAAAAAAACAUUCUAUGAAGUAAGAAUAUUGUUUGUAUGAAUAAGAUACAAAAAUAUUGUUAUUUUUUAUGAAGAGUUUAGUCGCAGUGCUACAGCGCACUCCCCAGUCAUUGUACAUCUGUUUUAUAAAUAAAAUAUGAACAUAUAACAAUUAAUUUUAAUAAAUAAACAGAUAAUGUAGCAAUAUUUACUAUAUAAAGGUUAAAAUGUAUAUCUAGAACUGUUCCACUAACAAUCAUACUUUAACUGGAUGCAUCUUAGCGUAGUUUGUAAAAAACCCAGUAAAUUUCUGCUUACAUUAUCAAGAAAACCCGGGUAUCCUGCGAAAUAUAUCUAUAUCACAUUGCCCGGUCAUUGUUGAUAAUCUAAGCAGAUUUUUUGUAGUAUCACAAGUUGGAUGUAUAUAUUUUUAGUUGUGUAUAAAUUAGUAUCCUAUAUAAAUAUACCUCAAAUCCUAACGUAAGGACUUAGUACCCAGUUCACAAUAAAAAUAUAUGCGCCCAAUAUUACUUUAGUAUAUGAUAUAGUUUUGCUUCUGUCGAACAGUGAUUUUUACAUAUCUAUAGGUAGUAUUAAAUAAUAUACAAGAUCAAAUACUCUGCUGGAUGCUUAUUCCUAAAUAUUUUGUAAUGAACAAAACUUCUUUUAAAAUACUAUUUGCAAAAUAAAGACCCGCAAUGGCAUUGCCAAAAGCUUGUACGCAAUUAAUGUCGUUUGAAACUGCAUAAUUUAUGCUGCUUUAAGAUGGCAACAUAAUUUAAUAUUGGCCAUAUUUGAUAUGGCAACACUUGAAAGUAAAAAUAAAUAAAAAGUUUUUAUGGCGAAAUAAAUAUAACCUUUUCACGGAUUUUUAUAAGUGUACCUGCUAAAGAAUCUACCUAUAUUGUCAAAAUGUAAAUAAAAGUAGAGCUUCAUAGUUAUAAGAAUUUAAAUUUUAUAAUUAAGGGAAUAAGUUUCAAAAUACAGAAGCAUGCUCUAUCAUAUACUAUAGUAGACCUAUACCUAAGUAUAACAUCACACAAUUGUAUUAAGUACCUAAAUAUUGAUUUGUAAAUAGAUUUAAUAUUAACUAUAUAGUGGAACAGAUAAUAUCGAAUACCUCAAUACCUGUUACCAUGAACGAGUAUAACUGUUAUGUAAAAUAUUAUGUACGUGAAUCACUGUGAAAUUGACGCUAGCGCCUCUAUCGGAAACUUUGGUAACUUGUGAGAAGCCAUUUUGAAAUUGUUAUUUGUAAAAAAACAUUCCUAAUAAAACAUUCGUUACCAAAAUUUUGAUGAUCCUGAUUGGCUUAAAAUCUAUUUACGUAGUAACGUGCAUUUAAUGCGAAGCGUAUAGAUUUUGCUACUUUUAACACAAUUCUAAAAUGUGUUUCUUAACAUCUUGAUAAAUACGAUAGUUUCUCCGAUUAAAUAGUGAAAUACUGGAAUUUGGAUAGAACUAUCGUGUAAGAUAAAUCCUGUUUUCGAACUCAGAAGUUCUGGCGUCAAUAUCACAGUUACAAAAUAACAAAACGAGUGAAAAAUCAAUGCGAACGCUAUACAUAUUCUAAGAGAUUUGUAUAAAAUGUUGAUAGAACAUAAAAAUCUAUUCAAAUCUGCACCGUAGUCUGUUUAGUUUUGUUACAAAAAUAGUAGUCAUCGGUGAUGGGGAGAUAUUGUCUAUGGGAAAGGUGCAUUUUUGUUGUGAUUUUGCUCAAACACGUGUCUAUAAGUAUUCGCAUUUUUACCAGGACUUGUGAUUUAUUUACUGACGUCAUUAGGAUUUGAACACUCAUUUUAUUCUUGUGCGCUCUAAAAUUAUUAUCAAUUUGAGUUCAUAGUGCAUUUUGGAGGGUAUGGAAAUAAACUACAUAGACUUGAAAUUGGAAAGUAGACGAGGCAUGUAAUGCUUUACUUUUCAGUUAUUAAAGAUACUGUUAAAAAUAUCGUAAACAGUUGAAGAAACAAGAUAGAAGAUGAGCGUCAAGUCCUAAAUAAAUGUGGCGUCAGAAAAAAACCCUCGAUUGUCGGUUUUAUUUUUAUUACUUUUUUAAUUCUUACGGCUUUGUAGCUUUACGAUUAAAAUAUAACGUGUCUGAACAAGCUAAAGGUUGUUUAUAAGCGAAUUACCGAUGAACGGUAUUUUAGUGUCAAAAUAAUGAGGUAGGGCCAACUUUCAAAAUGAUAUUUGUCGUAACAUAGUUACAAAAAAGGUGAUUGUAAAAAUCAACGUAUCGGCUUUAGGUAUAACGAUGCAAAUAAUUUUGAAAGUUGCACAAUUAGACUCGAGGAGUAUCACAGAAUAAAAUUUUCUACGUAUCAUAAAUUCCAUGUGAGUUUUAACGCGUUCUGGGGGCGUACUACUAUUUUUUACUGCAAUCAUUGUUCCACUCAAGGACAUAGAGCAAGCUAGACGAUUCGUAUAGCCUUCCUUUUUUCAUAGUGGAACAAUGGUGGUCUUAAGACUUUAUAGUACGUCUCCUGCUGUAGUUAUUCUUAUGUUAAGAAUAUUUACUUUAUUUAAUAGUGAUUUACGUGUAACGGUGGUAGUCAGAGCGUGUGAGCUGUGAAGCGUGACUGUGCCAGAUUAUUUAUUAAGUUUUUUGAUUAUUAUCGUCGUUAUUGAUCUGCGAUUACUGAUGUAUACAAUUAAGGAAUUGUGAUUGUUUGGUUGCAGUUUUUAUUUAAGCUAGCAUCACUUAAAUCAAUCGUAAUAUAUAAAAUAAUAAAGUUCUUGCAACAAUUCGACUCAUUUAAGAAACCUGUUCAUAUAAUACUGUCAAUAUUCACAAAAUUUAGUUUAACAAAUUGGCAGCUUAUUGAGUGGCUUACGUAAAAACUGCAACUAAAAAGUUUUGUUGAUAAUAUUUAUCCAAAAAUAAAACGAAAAAUAUAUUUAAAAUGCCUUUUACAAAUGUUUACUUUGUACAAAAUGAUUGGACUUGAUACAAAUAUAUAUAGAAAUACUAUAUCGUAGAACUUUUGACUUGAGAGUAGCUGAUAGUUGUGUAAUCUCAGAUCAAAUAGAGAACCUUAGGUAAAACCAAUAUAAUAUCCCGUGUCUUAAAUUUUGUAUUUAAUAAAUUCGUACCUUAUUUCUUUACAUAAUGUUAUUAAUGUGAACCGGUCCCGGAAUAUGAAAUAAAAUAAAAAUAUAUAAAGUGGUGACAUUUUC